UUCUUGCGGGGAAAGGGUUCUUUUUUCGUUUUCUUUUUUUUUUGUGGCUGCUGAUCGGGGAUUAUCACCACCUUCGCGCGAUCUCUCGUUUUUUUCUCUGUGGAAUUGGGGGUGGUGGAUGGAUGGUUGAUACUCCUGUUCAUAGAUGGCGAUGGUCCAAGUUUAUUCCUUUUUUAUUUUUAUUUUUUUUCGGAUUUGUUCUGUUGCUGUAGUUGCCGUUUCUUGGCUUCUUGCUUUCAAUGCCUUCUCUCUUCUCCUUUUCUCUUUCUUUCUUUUUUUUUUAUUUUUUGUUGUUGUUGUUGUUGUUGUUGUUGUUGUUGUUGUUGUUGUCUGUUCUUGGGGGUAAUGGUGUCCCGAUCGUAUUGGACAAGCCUUCGUGUAUGUCACUGAUUGGAAUUGGAGUGUGGAGUUAGACGCCGACAGGUGCGUUUCGCGUGAAGCGGGUUUUAAGGAUGGUUCUAAACAAGGUGCUCGAGCUGUUUUGUGUGAAGAAGAAGGAUUCCAAGAAGAAAGGCAAAGCCAUUAAUCCUCUUUGUAAAGUUGCCGCUCCACACCCCACUGCAAAUGUCAGUACAAACAACAGCCUUUUGGAUCCCUUUUCAAGUGGGAAUGGUACUGUGCUAUUAGUGCAAAAACAUGAGCCUGAAUGUUCAAGUGUUGUAUCAUCAAUGACAAGGACAGAAUAUGGAUCUGAAAGUGAUGGCUACAAUUUGUUUAACCAAUUUGAUGUUGUGCAAGAUUUUUCUGAUCAUUACUAUGCAAAGAAUUCACCAGGGAAGACCUCCAAAGAUUGGGUGAAGACAAUCCAAAAUGAAUGGAAGCUUCUACAGAAAGAUCUACCUGAAUCUAUCUAUGUUAGAGCUUAUGAGGAUAGGAUUGAUCUGCUGAGGGCUGCUAUUGUUGGGCCAGCUGGAACUCCAUAUCAUGAUGGUCUGUUCUUCUUUGAUGUUCGCUUUCCUUCUGAAUACCCACAAUCUCCACCGAAAGUUCAUUACCAUUCGGGUGGGCUUCGGCUAAAUCCAAACUUGUAUGAGAGUGGGAAAGUUUGCCUUAGCCUGCUGAACACCUGGUGGGGUACUGGAUGCGAGAAGUGGGGCAAGUCAAAAUCAACCAUACUGCAGGUGCUGGUUUCCAUCCAGGGUCUUGUGUUGAAUGAUAAACCAUACUUUAAUGAGCCAGGCAACAAAAAUUCGGCUAAUACAGCUCCUGGAGAAAAGUACUCGUUGGCUUAUAAUCAGACUGCCUUCCUACUAUCCUGCAGGACAAUGAUGUAUUCACUUCGGAAGCCUCCAAAGCAUUUUGAGUCCCUUGUUGCACGCCACUUCCAUGAGCGUGAGCGCGUCAUCCUGGAUGCGUGCGACGCAUACAUAUCUGGCGCAGUCGUUGGAUCAUCCUCUGCGAAGGGCACCAAGCAUCCCCGCGACAACAACAGAUCGUUUGCAGAUUUCAAGAAGUCACUGGAGAAGUACUCUGAACUGCUCAGGAAGGACUUGGCCGCGAACCGCACACACUUCCUGAAACUGACAAGAGACUCGCCGGCUGCCGCAGAUGAGAUCGUUGAGUGUACCAGCAGCUAGAAUCGUCAGAGCAUUUGACCAUUGCAGUUCACCUGCCUAACUCAAAAGUGAAAAUGGUGUAUAGAUCAUAGCACUCGUUACACAUACUGUGUAGGUUUUUUGUUUGGAGGCAAGAUCGUUCGGAUUAAUUAUGCAAGAAUUCGGGUUGAGUUCAGUGCUAGCCAUUUUGUUUAGUAGCUGUUUCUGGUGAUACACCAAUUGGAUGAUCGAAACGUGGUCCAAUUCUGCCAGCCUAGGCUUUGAACCUGCUGCAUUUUAAAUUUUUAAUAGAACCUGUUGCACUAGUUUAUAUAUGCCUAUAUUUACGUGGUAA